UGCUGCAGACGAUCGCAUGUUGAAAAAUGUAUGUAAAUAGUUGAAGUUUAUUUAGUUUAGUUUCAUCGUAGCGAUACAUUAUGACGGCCCUCUUCUGUGCAAGGAGGAUCUUUUCCAUACGAACUAAUCUCUUAAAAACUCCACGUCGAAGUGAUAGCGGUUUUUACGUUCUCUUACCUGAAAUUGGUGAAGAUUUACCAGAAAAAAAUCCUUUACUGAAAGAAGAAACUUUACUUCCUGAAUUCAAUAAAGUAACAAUUGAAAAAUGUAUAGCAGCUGUAGGGAAGCAAAGUAUUGAAUUUGAACAAGGAUUGAAGUCCAUAGAAAAGGAAUGUGCAGAACCAGAAAAUAUCAACAUAUUUAGUGAUGUGUUGGAGCCAAUCGAAAAGUUUGAAAUGCCUCUACAAACUACUUGGGGUGUUUCAAAGAUUUUAUAUUUUGGAAAUCAAUCACUCAUGCCAACACAAAACUAUCUGCACAUUCAAAAAAGGGCAUGGUUAGCAAUUUGUCAAAAGUAUAACAGUAAACCAAUUUAUCAAGCAUGUAAGAAACAUAAUGAAAAAGGUGACCAGAACUGGACAGAAGAACAAAAGCGUAUUUUGACAAAAUUUUUACUGGAGGGUAAAUUAAAUGGACUAGAUUUGAAAAGUAAAGAUUAUUACUUUUUUCAAGAAUGCCUUAAAAGAAUUAACAGAAGAAGCGACGAGUUCCGACAGAAAGUUCAAUAUGCAACGAAGCUGGUCAAACAAAAAAUCACAGAUGCCAACAAAAUGAAAGGUUUUCCAGAUGAAUUUUUAAAACUUGUUGCUGUUGACCCAACACAAUAUGAAGUUGGGCCCUGGAUAAUUACACUUAAUCCUCAAAUUUUCCAAACAUUUAUGGAAUAUUGUCCAGAUUCUGCAUCAAGGUGGAAUCUCUGGAGGGCAAAAGUUUUAAGGUGCUCAGGUUAUGGAGAUCAUAUGUUGGAAACUAGUUCCCUUGUAAGUGGAAUAACUAAUGACAGACAUGAAAUGGCAAAAUACUUGGGGUUCAAAAGUUUUGCUGACAUGAGUAUGUCAACUAAAAUGGCUGGAAGCUUGGAAACAGUUUACGAAUUUCUGGAUACUCUCUUACAAUCAGCGUUUCCACGACAAGAAGAAGAAAUCAACGAGCUCACAGCCUUUGCCAAAGAACGUGGUUUCGACGGCCACAUGGAACAAUGGGACGUACCAUACUGGAUCAGAAAGCAAAAACGAUCGUUAUACAACUACGACGACGAAAUCUUAAAAGAAUACUUUCCUUUACCAAAAGUUAUGGAAGGUUUGUUUAACUUACUAAAGAAUUUAUUUAAUGUGGAGAUAGUUGAGCGGCAAAAGGUGGAUGUGUGGCAUAAGGAUGUACGUUUUUUUGACGUUUACGAUCUCGACAUAUCCUCUACUGAGCCUAGAGGUAGUUUUUAUUUUGAUCCAUACGCACGUGGCGAAGAAAAGCUUUCAGUCAAUAGGCAUUCAGGUUGGGUGCUACUUAUCAGAAAUAAAAGUGAAAUCAGUGGUAAUAUACCUCUCACGUCGAUUGUGUUCAAUUUCCAACCGCCUAAGGAUGGCAAACCGUCGAUGCUCACUUUCAACGCUGUGCAGGCAUUGUUUGGAAAUUUUGGUCAUAUGCUGCAGCAGAUUUUGACAACGACAAAAUCGUCAGAAACUGCGGGACUUUCGAAUGUCGAAUGGGACGCAUAUGGCACAAGUAAAAAUGUAUUGGCUCAUUGGGCUUAUGAACCUGACGUGUUAAAACAAAUUAGUUGUCACCGUGAAACGGGUGAAUCCCUCGAUGAUGACACUAUACAAAAUUUACGUCAAUCGCGUACUCAUAUGUCUGGAUAUAAUUUGUGCAAGGAAUUGUACCUUUCUAAAUUCGAUCUUGAUUUGCAUGUGAUAAUGCGGCCAUGGGAAUGGAUCAUGAAGAGGUGUUGGAAGAGACAUUUUGUUUUCCCCGAAGAUAAAAAAGAUUCUCAUGUAUGUUCAUGGGAUGGGAUAUUUGUUGACAAUAUGGGUGCUGCGUAUUACAGUGAACUGUGGUCGCGAAUGCUUGCCGCGGACGUAUACAGUGCUUUUCAAGAAGCACCAGUUGGCGAUGAAGAACAUCAACGGAAAAUUGCCAAGCGUUAUAAAGAAACAUUUUUAUCGUUGGGUGGUAGCGUACAUUCGAGCGAAGUUUUCAGACGAUUUCGUGGCAGAGAUCCAAGCUUAAAAGCUCUUCUGAAAAGCCUCAACCUUAACUAAAUUAUCAUGAAGGGAAUUCGUUGAACCUAAAUAAUCGGAAAUUGUGAUAGACAGAGAGUAGUAUUUUUUGUUGUUGAUGGUAUGGACAUUUUAUUGGGAUUCGACGGACGGAAGUUAAUUUUUUAGUACGAGUAAAACUGUAUGAUAAUAUUGAUUGUCUUACACGAGAAAAUCUGUUGUAAAGGAUUGAGAUUUUUUUGCGACUAGAAGCUUUGACAAUGAUACUGUUGUAUGCUUCAUGUUAAAUCACCAAUUUAAUUUAUGUAAGAAUACACAUUGUAAAUAUAAAACGUAUCGAUACUGUAAUUAUUGUAUUUUUUCAUUGGUUUACCAAAAUUUCUUGAGUAACAAUCAUUUCCAUCACAUUAGAAGCAAUUUUUUACUUUAAUAAUCACGAAAAUUAUAUACCUAUUUAUUAUAAACUUC